UCCGGGCUCUGAGCCGGUUCUUUUCCGCUUUGCUCUCCUUUUCCCUCCUAACCCUGUCACGUCAUCACGGAAGCGCAGGCAAGAGAAACAGGAACGGCGCUGCCGCUGGCGAGGAGGAGGAGAGGAGCAAGCCAGAACAGCUCGAGGAGGGUCAAGAAAGGGUGCAAUGUCUGGGUUUGACAACUUGAAUACAGAAUUCUACCAAACAAGUUACAGCAUUGAUGAUCAAGCACAGUCAUCUGACUAUGGUGGAGGAGCAUACAACAGACAAUAUGGUGGCUAUGAGUAUUCUCAGCAAAGUGGAUAUGUCCCCCCAGAGAUGAUGCCGCAACAGCAGCCUUACACUGGUCAGAUUUUUCAGCCAUCAACUACAUACACUCCGUCUUCACCACAGUCCUUCUACGGAAGCAAUUUUGAAGAUGAGCCACCCUUACUAGAAGAACUAGGAAUCAAUUUUGAUCACAUCUGGCAGAAGACUCUCACAGUACUACACCCAUUAAAAGCAGCAGAUGGCAGCAUCAUGAAUGAAACUGAUUUGGCAGGACCCAUGGUCUUCUGUUUAGCAUUUGGUGCCACGUUAUUGCUGGCUGGCAAAAUUCAGUUUGGCUAUGUCUACGGAAUUAGUGCAAUUGGGUGCUUAGGCAUGUUCUGCCUACUGAACUUAAUGAGUAUGACGGGUGUCUCCUUUGGCUGUGUUGCCAGUGUCCUAGGAUACUGCCUCCUUCCUAUGAUCAUACUUUCCACCUUUGCAGUUGUCCUUUCUUUACAGGGUAUGAUGGGAGUUAUUCUUGCCGCUGGAAUCAUUGGAUGGUGUAGUUUUUCAGCUUCUAAAAUCUUCACAUCAGCCUUAGCGAUGGAAGGACAACAACUCCUAGUAGCAUAUCCCUGUGCUUUAUUAUACGGAGUCUUUGCCCUAAUUUCUGUGUUUUGAGCUGACUUUCUUUGUUAUUGGACUUUAAAAUGGCCAAAUUGAAAGCCUCCACUUGGGACACUUAGACUGGGACCAGGAAGCAGCUGUUGGGUUGCUAUCAUGCAAGGCUAAUGCUUGAAUUGUCGUCUGGAGCAACAGAAAUGAACAUAUCUGUCUUACUUUUCUCCUUUUUGGUUCCUUUUUAUAGGACUCUUGAAUAUGGUUUUGAAUAGACCUGUAAUGUCUAUAAGCUUUAAUACAGGUUCAUGCUUGUACUACUUAAUAUGUAAAGUUUCUUUCCUGUCCUGUAGCCUCUGGCAAACUGUUCCAAUUUUCAAGACAUUUGUAGUUCAUACAUUUUUAUAGUUAAGAGGAAACCAUGAAUGUUGUCCUUUCCCCAUGUCAGCAUGCAACAGCAAUUCUAAGCAAAGGAUAUACAACUCUCCCUUUAUUUUUUACCAAUUCAGUGGACUAGAAAACUUUUUUUCAUAUAAAGAUGGAAUUUAUUUCAAUAAAAUUCCAUCUGAAAGCAAAACAUAAUGGCUAAUAUAACUUUUCAAAGUUUACAGUACCAAUUUAGAUUAAUCUGUUUUAGGGUAAAUGGUCCAAAAAAAGAUUUUUUCAGUCUUAAAAGUUACUGUGUUUGAAAUAGUUUGUGUGUAAUUUGUAAAUAGUUCUGUCAUCUUGAUAAAUCUGAGAAGAUGCUUGUUCUGAUUUUAAAAUUAAGAACAGACUUGCAGUAGUUCACCCAAAAAAAUCUGUUUCAGAAAACAGCUUUGACAAAUAUUGUUAGUAUUACAACCUAAUAUAAAAUCAAAUUUCCCUAGAAUGUGUUUUUGAAACUAUUUUGAUGUUAAAUAAAAUAUCUCCCCUACCCUGUUGUCCAAGCUUGAAUAACCAAGAAACUCAUUUAUUUAAAUGAAGUAGGAAUUCAUUUCCAUUGGAGCAAAUACUACAUUUAAGUUGUGGCAUACAUGAAUUCAAUGACAUCUUAUAUUUAGGCAACUUCACAACUGUAAACUGCAUCAUAACUGUGAAGUAUUGUAAUAUUUCCCCAAAUGACCAAAAAAACACUAAAAGUUAUGUUUCACAUGAAAAUCUUGUCACUGAGAGAGGUCUUUUUAAAAUUAUUAUUAUGUUUGAAACUAGUGAAUUGGAGUUGCUAUUGGAAUCUUCAAAUAUUUGGUUGGACUGAUAUAAAUUUUGCAUAUCCCCUUUGAGCUUAAUAAAUCUUCUUUGUCAAUCUGUUUUUCUCCCCCUUGAACCACUGUGCAGUGCUUCAUAGGAUAUUUUUAUGCAGCCUUCUGUUGGAAAAACUCUUUAAUAAAUAUGUUGCAAGAAAUUCA